AUGGAAGAUUGGAGACACAUUUCAGUUGUAUCACGAUAUCCUCUUUGGAUAUUACGAUAUCCACCUUUCCAAGAAGACCCCAAGGCUCGACAUUGCCCGAGGUAUUGCUAUAUCAUCUUUUGGAAGAAAAUGGCGAAAGCUCCAAGGUUAAAGAUAACGGUGAUAAACUUGCUAUGUUUGGCGGUGCUCUGCGGGGCAACUGAAUCGCCACAGUACGAGGUGGUACACGCCGAAUCCGAUUUCGAAAUCAGACACUACCGAGACGCCACGUGGAUGUCUGCAACCGUUAACGACCUUUCCUUCCAAAAAGCCACCUUAUUUGGGUUUCACAGAUUAUUCCAGUUUAUACAAGGUGCGAAUAUGAAUUAUUCUCGGGUAGCCAUGACAUCGCCGGUGGUGACGAGCCUAGUCCCGGGAGCUGGGCCACUUCACUCAUCAGCCUAUGUUGUCCAAUUUUACUUGCCUGCCAAGUUCCAGGACAGUCCACCAACCCCACUUCUGGAGCUAAACCUGAAACCUUACGCAUGGGAUUCUCACCAUGUUGCUGUGAGAAAGUUCUCAGGAUUUGCUACGGAUGAUAUUGUGGUCAAAGAGGCUGCGAAGCUGGCUACUAGUCUGAGCUUGUCUCCAUGGGCUAACGCUACAUCUGCUACUCACUACACUUACUCUAUUGCUCAGUAUGAUCCUCCCUUCAGAUUUUUUGGCCGCACCAAUGAAGUCUGGGUGGAUGUUGAUGCCUCUCGUUUUGCUGGAAAAACAUCCUUUUGA